AUGUAUAACUCCAACAACCCAGACUCAGUUAAUGGAUGGAGCAAUAAGUCAGUGGUUACUGAAUUCAUUUUGUUGGGCCUGUCCAGCUCUCAGGAACUCCAACUUGUCCUUUUUAUAGUCUUCUCUGUGUUUUAUGGGGCUGCAGUAUUGGGAAACAUCCUUAUCAUCCUCACAGUAAUUACAGACUCUCGAUUACAUUCUCCAAUGUACUUUCUUCUCAGCAAUCUCUCCUUCAUUGAUGUGUGUCAGGCUACAUUUGCUACUCCCAAGAUGAUUGCAGACUUCCUCAGUGAACGUAAGACCAUCACUUUCCAGGGAUGCAUGUCACAAAUAUUUUUCUUGCAUGUUUUUGGGGGCAGUGAAAUGGUGCUUCUUGUUGCCAUGGCUUAUGAUAGAUAUAUUGCUAUAUGCCGACCUCUGCACUACCUGGCCAUCAUGAGCCGAAGGGUCUGCACUGUUCUGGUGGUAGUCUCUUGGGCCAUUGGCAUCCUGCACUCAGCCAGUCACCUGGCAUUCACAGUUGAUCUUCCCUUCUGUGGACCCAAUAAGGUUGACAGUUUUUUCUGUGACCUGCCUCUAGUGACCAAGCUAGCCUGUAGAGACACUUAUGUGAUCAGCUUACUAAUAGUUGCAGACAGUGGCUUUCUUUCAUUGAGCUCCUUUCUCCUUUUGGUGGUGUCCUACACUGUGAUUCUUAUUACAGUCAGGAGCCGCUCCUCUGCUAGCAUGGCCAAGGCCCGCUCCACGCUGACUGCUCACAUCACUGUGGUCAUACUCUUUUUUGGACCCUGCAUUUUUAUCUAUGUGUGGCCCUUCAGCAGUUACUCAGUUGACAAGGUGCUUGCUGUGUUCUACACCAUCUUUACUCCUAUCCUAAACCCUGUUAUUUACACUCUGAGGAACAAAGAGGUGAAGGCAGCUAUGUCCAAGCUGAAGAGUCGGUAUCUGAAGCCUGGCCAGUUUUCUGUAGUGAUAAGAAAUGCUCUUUUCCUACAAUCAAAGUAA